CGAUCCUCAGUGUGAACCAAUGGGCCGUCAGCGUUGGAGAGAAAGGCAGUUUGAUUUGACAGGAAGGGCAGAAAUACUUAAAUUGUAAUCAUUUUGUUGGUUGGACUUUUGAUUUUGACCUGCUAGUGAGGUGAUACCACCAGGGAAGCUCAAACAACCAUGACAUGCGACAAUCUUAACACAAACACAGCAAGAGACGAGACCGACAUGGAGCAAGGAGGAGUUGCAGAACCAGCGCCACAGGACAAGGUGACGGCCUUGAGGGACCAGGUGGACAAAGUCAAAGAGCAGAUGACGGAAAACGUGGAACACAUCAUAGAACGAGUAGAAAAGGCGGAAAAACUUCUCACCAAGGCGGAGGAAAUGGAAAAAAGCGCUCAGCAGUUGAAGCAAACUUCCCGGAAAGUGUCUCGCACCUACUGCUGGAAGAACGCGAAGCAGGUGGUGGUCAUCGUGGUGAUCGUCCUCAUCAUCGUCCUCAUCAUCGUCCUGCUGGCCAUCGGAGUCAUCCCCAUCGGUGCCUCUGUGCCUCCUACAGUCACGCCUACCACCAAGCCAUAAACACACACAAUGUACGUACUGACACACAUUAAAUCAUACACCAACUUUCCUUUUGCUAUGUAGUACUCACAGAAACAAAUGCACGCAUCCCAGUGGCCCUGAAAUAUUUGUACAUUUUUAAAAAAAACGUUGCGUAGACUUUUGCACAGUUAACCACUUUAAGUUGCUUCGAGGACAAGAAUGUCCCAAAAAAAAAAAAACGCCAUAAAAAUGUUAUUUGUCUGUAUUUUUUCCACCUCACUAACUUAAAUCUUCUCCUCUUCAUAACUACCAGAUAUUAAUUUUCACAAUUUGAAUCUUUUAAAUGCCAGUUGUAUCAAUGACAGGGAGAUGAGAGAUUGAAGUGUAAAGCAUAUUUUUUGUCUUGUAGACAAUAAGUUUAAGGGAGUCUGUAAUCCGUGACUUGAGUGUGAGAAGAUACAAAAUACACACAGAACUCUGCGAAUACCGAAUACUGUGUUGGAGUAAUGUUUUAA